ACAUCAGUGUUAGGUGCUUCUAAUAUAGAGCACAGACUCAAAAAAUAAACCUGUCAUUAAUUACAUUUGAUCACAAAAACUUGAAAUGGUUGAAGUUAUUUUUUGUUGUGUUGUUAAUUACUGCUCAUAUUCUCAAUUUCCUCAUUUUAAGGUCAAGAUUAGUAAAUGAAAGGUGCCUACAGAUUUAUCAAAUUUGAGAAAUAAAUUCCUUUAUUGAUGCUUUACAAGUUUAGCUUGGUCAAAUAAGGUGUUUCGGGGCAUACUUUGUAGGUAAACAAGAUGAAAAACUGUAUUUUAAACUGUCAUUUUCCAUGAAAAAUUAAGAAAACCAGUCAUGAGUAUGGGAGUUUUCUUCAUAUUCGACAAAGGAAAUGUAUCCAGAUUGCCUACAGUCUCUCAGAAAAGGAAAAAUAAUAUCUCAUCUUGGUACAAAAAAAGUAGCAGUCACAGCUUCAACAGGAGUGGCAAGCCAACAGUUAGGUUCUGGUGCAACAACCCUUCAUCACUGGGCUGGUAUACAGGACGGAAGGUUCUCAAAGGAAAAAUACACAGAGCUUUUUCUGCAUGAUGAUGUUUAUUCUGAAAGCAGGAGACGCAUUGAAAAAACUUCAGUACUUGUUAUUGAUGAGAUCAGCAUGAUAUCAGCCAGGACUUUCGACUUAGUAGAGCAUGUCUGUCGUCUGGUAAAAGGCAACAACCAUGUAUUUGGGGGAAUGCAAAUAAUAGCCUCUGGGGAUUUUAAACAGCUGCCCCCAGUGCCAAAUCCAAGAUAUGGAGAUGGAGGUCUUUAUGCUUUUGAAAGCCCAUGUUUUCGCUUAGCAUUGCCUCAUCAUAUACAAUUGAAAAAGGUGAGACGCCAACAUGAAAAGGAACUGAUAGAUGCCAUACAUCAGCUUUGUGAUGGUUCUCCUACCCCAGAGACCUUAGCAUUUUGUUCAAGCCUUGACAGACCCCUGUUUCCACCAAAUGCUCAUCCUACAUUAUUGUAUGGUACAAAUUUUGAUGUGUCAUAUGUUAACCAUGUGAUGCUGGAAGAUAUGGAGGGUGAAGAAAUUAAGUUUGAAGCUGUUGAUGAAGGUAUUUGCAUAUUUCUUAACAUAAGAUUGGUUAUAGCAAUGUCCCCUUAUGAAAUUUUAGGUUAUGUAUUUUUUUUUCAAGUUAGGUAUACCAUUAUUUCACCUUCUCAAGCUCUUGGAAAUACAAGUACAUCCGAGAUUAAGUCCUUCUUAGUAGGUAGUAAGAGAUUGUGACU